AUGUCGUCCUACAACGGCGCCGACGCGAACUCGGUCACAUCGACCAGCCCCGCCUCCGAAGACUCCCAAGCAAAGCCCAAGAGGGCCAGAACCAGUAAACCGAAAGUUAAGACAGGAUGCAAUAACUGCAAACAACGGCGCAUCAAGUGCGACGAAAGACGACCCUCCUGCUCGCAGUGUGUACGCUCCAAGAAGAUUUGCACCGGGUAUCCACCUCCGAGCCGCAGCGCGAGACCUCACGAGGUUCUCGCCAUUGCUCCAAAGCCUCUCCUGGCCGCCGCUCCAACCAACGCCGCUCCCGCGCGAGCCCCCAUCGAAUUACCUCCCAGACGAGUUCAGAAGAUUCAGCGCCGACUGACUCCUCCGCAAACCCCGAAUGACGCUCCUUCAGCCAUCACCAUGUACCGCCCAGCGGGCAAUUUACAGCUGUCACCUCAAGAAGGUCUCUAUUUCCAGUUGUUCCGCACUCAUACCGCAAACGAAUUAUCUGGUUAUUUCGAUUCCGUCUUCUGGACGCAGACAGUCCUACAAGAAUGUCAUGCUGAGCCCGCCAUCCGCCACGCAGUGGUCGCUCUUGGGGCUCUGUAUAAGACCCUAGAGCAGUCCUGCGAGUCCCCGCCAGGCUCACCAUCCGACGUGAUGAACCCCAUGGAUGGCGCAUAUCGACAUUGGGAAGUGGCAGUCAAACAGUACUCGGAGGCCAUCAACGCACUCGUCCAGCUCCACCGUGACCAGAAGUCGCAUCGGACUCUGUUGAUGGCAAGUGUACUGUUGGCUUGCUUCGACUCGUUCGUCGGGGACCAUCGCCAAGCGAUACGACAAAUUCAGACUGGCCUCAGCUUACUGGAGAAGCUGCGGGCCGAGCGAAGAAAAUCGUUUGUACCUCUCUCCGAGGAGCCUGUUGAGGAAGAACUGGUCAAAAUGUUCACGAGGCUGGCCAUCCAAGCCAAGUCGUACGACAUGGCCUUCCACUUCCCCGAGCCAUACGUGAUUCGGCUUACGCCCCAAAACCCCGAGCUCCCCCAGUCUCCCCCUUCGGACGCCGGCAGCUCACCGUCAUCCAUGAGCUCAUCAUCGAUGCCGGAACAAUUCUUCAAUUUGAUGGAGGCUCGCAUCGCUUGGGACAAGCUUCUCGAGAAGAUGCUUCGCUUUACCGAAACCUUGUUCACGUAUCAAAAAUCAACAGGCGCCAACGGACCGAUGGGCAUUCUCCCCAAAUCGUUGAAACAGUAUGGCAUGAGCUUCAAGGGACAACUUGACGCUUGGUCCGAAGCAUUUGAGUAUCUCCUCGAAUCGCGCACAGCGCCCGGCGUCAGUCAUCAAGAAAAGGCCGGCAUCGCGGUCCUGAAAAUGUUCCAGAUCAUGAGCCAGAUUCUGUUCCUUAUGACGUACAGCGACAACGAGUCGCAGUUUGACGUCUUCCAACCCCAUUUCAAGGCCAUUGUCGACCUUGCUUCUGAAGUGGUGGGCGAUGAAGAGAGACGAGCGGCAGCCAAGAGGUGUCCCGACCCUUCGCAGUGUACUCACCGUCACAAUCAUACCCCGGAUAUCUUUGGCGGUCACGAGUACAAUACUUUCCACAUCAAGCCGAGCUUCAGUGCCGACCUGGGUAUCGUCCCGCCCUUGUUUGUGGUGGCCACCAAAUGUAGGCAUUCCGUCAUCCGGCGACAGGCCAUCCAGCUUUUGAGAAGCAGCGCGCGGCGGGAAGGCAUGUGGGACAGUGAGCUCACAGCGCGAAUUGGACGGUGGGUUGCCACGAUUGAGGAGGAAGAGCCUUUAUCUUCACCGUCUCCCGACGCGCGUGGCUCCCAAGCCGGCGCCAAUGGAAGACACGGAUCGGUGGAUUUUGGCGAGGGCAUUCCGCUAGGACCUGGUGGCAAUGCUCGUUGGGAUGAUCGAAGGAACAGUGCGAUUCCCGGACUGAUCAAAGCGAAGCGAUCUGUCCCCGAAGAGAAGCGCGUCAUGGUUCGGGCGGUGGACUUUGACCUGAGGGCCAGAUUUGCCAACCUCCAGGUCGGUACUCGUGGCAUCAUCACCGGCAUGCCAGACAUGCGGUCCCGUGUUACCCAUAUCACGUGGUAG